GCGGGCUCCCGGCGGGCGAGAGGCAGCUGCGGGCCGGGCUGAGUCAGAAAGCGGCGGCCGGACUCGCCCGGGAAGGGGAGAGCGAGAGCCCGGCGGGCCGGGCUGCGGGGCCGGGGAGCGCGGAGCCGGGCGCCUCCGCCACCCGCGGCGACACAGGAGCCUGGCCGCCCACCCACGCAGCCCGAGCCCUCACCCGCCGGCCGGCCCCUCUGGGAUGUCCGAGGGACCCAGGCAUCCAGGACGGUGACCGAGCGAGCCCGAGGAUGGGACGGCGCCUGCAGCUCCGGCUAGUCAAGGCCCUUCUCCUCCUGGGGCUGCACUCCAUCUCCGCCUCCCUCCAGGACCAUCACUGCGAGAGCGUGUCCCUGGCCGGCAACAUCUCUGGACUGCAGUGCAAUGCAUCCGUGGACCUCAUUGGCACCUGCUGGCCCCAGAGCCCUGCAGGGCAGCUGGUGGUUCGACCCUGCCCUGCCUAUUUCUACGGUGUCCGCUACAACACCACAAACAACGGCUACCGGGAGUGCCUGGCCAAUGGCACCUGGGCCGCCCGCGUGAACUACUCGGAAUGCCAGGAGAUCCUUAGCGAGGAGAAGAAGAGCAAGGUACACUACCAUGUUGCCGUCAUCAUCAACUACCUGGGCCACUGCAUCUCCCUGGUAGCCCUCCUGGUGGCCUUUGUCCUCUUUCUGCGGCUCAGGAGCAUCCGGUGCCUGAGAAACAUCAUCCACUGGAACCUCAUCUCGGCCUUCAUCCUGCGGAACGCCACGUGGUUCGUGGUCCAGCUCACCAUGAGCCCAGAAGUCCACCAGAGCAAUGUGGGCUGGUGCAGGUUGGUGACAGCCGCCUACAACUACUUCCACGUGACCAACUUCUUCUGGAUGUUUGGCGAGGGCUGCUACCUGCACACAGCCAUCGUGCUGACGUACUCCACCGACCGGCUGCGCAAGUGGAUGUUUAUCUGCAUCGGCUGGGGUGUGCCUUUCCCCAUCAUCGUGGCCUGGGCCAUUGGGAAGCUGUACUACGACAAUGAGAAGUGCUGGUUUGGCAAAAGGCCUGGGGUGUACACUGACUACAUCUACCAGGGCCCCAUGAUCUUGGUCCUGCUGCCUCUUGCACGCACCCAUGCCCAGGCCAUCCCACCAUGUGUCAAAUUACAGAUCAAUUUCAUCUUCCUUUUCAACAUCGUCCGCAUCCUCAUGACCAAACUCCGGGCAUCCACCACGUCUGAGACCAUUCAGUACAGGAAGGCUGUGAAGGCCACUCUGGUGCUUCUCCCCCUCCUGGGCAUCACGUACAUGCUGUUCUUCGUGAACCCCGGGGAGGACGAAGUCUCCCGGGUCGUCUUCAUCUACUUCAACUCCUUCCUGGAAUCCUUCCAGGGUUUCUUCGUGUCUGUGUUCUACUGCUUCCUCAACAGCGAGGUCCGCUCUGCCAUCCGGAAGAGGUGGCACCGAUGGCAGGACAAGCACUCGAUCCGCGCCCGCGUGGCCCGCGCCAUGUCCAUCCCCACCUCCCCCACCCGUGUCAGCUUUCACAGCAUCAAACAGUCCACAGCAAUCUGAGCUGGAGGGCCAUGGGGCGGCCCCCAAGAUCCAUGGCUGGGGAGAUGGUCACCAGGCUCAGCUGGCCGCCCUGUCUGUGGAGGGGACCAGCUC